CCACAAGUUGCCUCCGUGAUUUGACAAACUUUCGGCUUGCGUCUCUCUCUAUCCAUCGCAUAUUUUGUCUGGAUGUGUAAUCUACGUUGCAACUCGCUAAACGUAAAAUGCAAACCGCAGCCAGCAAAACACGGCAAGUAAGAACUCGCACGCGUUAAUUACUGAAAAUGGCUGCAAAUCAGGCACCUACGAAGUAUCAGCAUGCAUUAGACGUGAAAGAUGUUUAUAGCUUAAGCUCAGAAAAAUUGGUGGUCCGUAUAUUACUAAGUGCAGAUCAAGCCCGAGUUUGGCAGUCUAAAACAGUGUCGAUUGAAGGUUUAGAGACGACACUGCAUUUACAACCUUUUCCUACGACCCAUGUAAUACUGCAAGUGAGUGGUGAUGUUGACCAGUUGGCUCAAGGUCUUGUAGAAAUUGUGAAAGGCAUUGACAAAACUCAAAAUUCUCAGUCGUUAUGUAUCUCGUUGGCUAUUUCGACCAUAUUACUAGGGUCUACAACCUUUUACAGUCAAAAUUUUGUUCCAAAAUCGCACAGUGCUGCCCCAAACGUGAGCAUAAAACGCAGCGUAUCCUAUUUGCCUCGUUCUACCGAAAGGGCGCUUACGGUCUGUGGUCCUGCUGAAGAGUUCAGCAAGUCGCUUGAACAAAUUCUUAAACUGUUACAAGAAAGAACUGCUGCGCUUGAAACUUCGCGGGUUGUUCCUUAUGUACCGGAACCCGUAUAUGGUUUGUAUGGCUCUCCAGCGACAUUCCAAUCGAUUCCCGCGUCCAGUACUUUAUUAACACCCAAUAAUCCGUACGGUAUCGCUCCUGCUUCACUCAUAUCAGCAACUGCAAAUCCCGAUCCCCUUGGAGCGAGCCAGGUUAUUCAACAUCCUGGCCCAUCUAUCCCACCAAAUACCGUCAGUCAACGUGUCAUCACGCAGCAAUUCAGCGUACCAAAGGCUCUUGCGCAAUCCGUUCUUUCUCGUUCACCGACAAAGUUGCAAGAAGUGGCCCAAGAUUGCAAUACACAAAUUGAGCUUCCGCAGGCAGACGCACAAAACGAUGAACAGAUUCUCUUGAUAUCCGGUUCAGCCGAAGCUGUUCAAAUGACCCUCGUCUCGCUUUACGCUCUUUUUGAUUCCCAAAACCAACCACAGCAGUAAGUGGUUUUAUUAGAAAACGACUCGUAUACUCAGGCUACCGUUUCCGUUUAAGAUGAAUGGAGCUAAGCUAAAAAGAAAAUGUACAAACGUAACGUUCAUUGAUGCAUUACCAGAUUUGAAAUUCAGGGACUAAUCAUGUGGGGCGUGUGUGUUUUUUUUGUUUUUGUUUUUGCAAGUGUGUCCUGACUCUACUUGCAGCGUUUUUCAAUGAAUAAUGCCCUAUCAACUCCAAUUUCUUCAUACUCCUGUUUUGUAAUCCACAAGUGUUGGAAGGUAUUAAGGCUUGCAAGGAUGGAACCUCCGAGCCAUGUAGCAUUUUUACGUUCAGUUGCAGAGCCAUUCGCCAGAACGGUUACCCGGCUUCCUGGAGCCAUUCGCUGGAGCUCAGUCUGUAAACGUUCGGCCAAACCAGGAAUGAGAGAUGUGCCUCCAGUAAUGAUGAUGUUAUUGAGCAGUGUUGACCGUAUAUCGUUGUCGCAUGUGAGUAUGCUUUGAUGAACCAAUUGCGGCAAUCCCAUGGCACCCUGAGGUACACUUGUUGCAGGCGUUUCCCCAAAUGCAAGCGAAGGAUUGAAAAGGAUCUCCGCUAUACGAAAUCUUUCGCCGCCAAACUUCCAGCUAAUACCAUCCGGGAACUCAAACGGCUUUGGUGUCCGUACAGAAGCACUUCUCUCAUUGAAUGGGGAUUCUAGCAUCUGAAGUACACUUUCCUUCCACUCUUCAAUUACUCGGUUCUUUUCCAACUCCUCGUACGAGGCAGUCAAUCCCUCGACAGGAUUAUACAUAACAGAUGCCAUUCCUUCAUUACCGUCCACAUUUGUUGCUUUUCGAGCGACACGGUAAUGCGGAUGAAUGGGAAUGUGCAGGUUUUCGAGCAUGCGCUCAAUGUUCGCGUUUAAAAAGUCACCAGCCAAAUUCUGUUUCAUCAGGCCUUUACGGACUGCUAGUCCAUCAACGACCGGCGUAACACUCACAUACUUGGAGCCCAAAUUAACAACAAGUGCCGUAGCCCGAUUAUUGGCGAACGCAGCACACACAGCUUGUUUGCUGAGAAAGAAUGCCGGAACUUUGAAUUGUUCAAAAGCAGUUUCCAUAGUUUGUUGCCGCACAUUCCGAGGGUUCCAGCUAGGUUCUGUCACCAUCAUUGCGUAUUCGGAAGCAUCAACUCCUAGCUUAUCGUUUAACCCACGCUUCCAAAUAUUUAAUGUAGAGUUCCAAUCUUGGACGACACCAUCACUCAACCCACUGAGAAUCUCCAUAUGAGGAAUUGGGGCGUGAAGUUCGAGCUGGUCAAUAACGAAGCUUGAUUCACCAGUAGUUUUGUUUUUUUUUACACCGUAUUUAGACGGAAGAACAACGGUAGGAGCAUCAUCACCGGCAUAACCAAACCGGGCCCAGCAAGACCCUUGAUCAAUGACAAGAGCCGGAACGUCUGCGUUUAUGUGUUAGAAUUCUGUUAUUGUUGUUGGUGAUAAUAUUCCCGAAAAGUGGAAAGCUCCUUUAGUGACAUACCUAUAUUACUGGAUGUCUGGGACAUUGUUAGGCGAGUUUUAACGCGGUUUUACCAGAACAAUAAAUCUUUUUCGUGUUCCUUAGGGUCCUCCUACCUUUUCGUCGCAGUGCUUACUACUGUAACACCAAGAGCACUUUCGGUGUAGUACUUUGGGAAGAGAGGACAAAAAGUGUUUCAAGGCCAAUCUGCAGUGAAGCAAGACAAGAAGGCCAUAUUUGUAGCAAUGAGACAUAAGGACAUAGAAUAAGUAUGUGUGUGUUUUUUUUUUGUCCGAUGAAUCGACUUCUCGUAUUGGGAAUAAACAAAUCUCCUCACAACGGUUCUUUUCCUUGGAACAGAUCCCUCAGAUUUCCUCGUCUCUAUCUCUAGCUCUUGAUUCCAUAGUUUUUAUUACAUUGUAUUAGUAUUAGCGUAGAAAAGACACAGCAACGAAAACCGAAGGUGCUGCCAAUCCAACGAUUUUCCUUGUUAAUGCCUGUAUUAGAAAGAAAACACCGCGUUUAGGCGCAACUUCGAGUACAAAUUGGGCAUGUGCCGGUUGUUAGCGCACAAGCAUACAUAUAUAGCUCUUACGAACUUGAGCCUCCCAUGCCUGCUGCUAACGUCAAGUACCACGUCUUCGUAGCACCAUCAUCCAAGUCCGCAUCCGUAAAGUCCGAAGACGUGAACUCGUUGUACGCAGCAGUGGGAUUGU